AUGGCACACUCUGAAGCGCAGGCGGCAAAUGUCCUCCUGCUUGGCGGUGGCGCCGUGGGCACUAUUGCCGCGCUGAACAUUGAAUCCGGCAAGCUGGGUGCUGUGACUGCCGUUCUGAGAUCCAAUUUCCAGGCUGUUCGAGACCAUGGCUAUCGAAUUGAGAGCGUCGAUCACGGCAAGUUGACAGGAUGGCGGCCUACCAAGGUGGUCAAUUCUGUCCCGAAUGUCGAGCAGGAUUCAUUGCCCCCGUUCGACUACAUCGUCACCACGACCAAGAACUACCCAGAUGUGUCCCCUACCCUCCCAGAGCUCAUCACCCCGGCCGUCACUCCUGGUCAUACGGUCAUCGUAAUGAUUCAAAACGGGUUGAAUAUUGAGAGGCCCAUGUUUGAGGCCUUCCCGACCAACAUUGUGCUCUCUGGAGUUUCCAUGAUCGAUAGCCAUGAAGGCCAGCCCGGCGAGAUCUUCCACGAAGACCAUGAUAUCCUUUAUCUGGGUGCUUUCACCAAUCCCAACAUUUCCGACAAGGCAAGCGAGACCAAGGCGGCACACGACUUCAUCAAAAUCUACGGCGCCGCAGGCAAGACCAACAUUCAGUUUUCGGAAGAUGUGCCUUGGUCAAGGUGGCGGAAACUGAUCUUCAACGCCGUCUUGAACCCGAUUUGUGCCAUUACAAGUCUGGACUCCGCCAGAGUGCGACUGACCAACAGUUUGGUGGAGGGGCUAGCCCGGCCCGCCAUGAAGGAAGUCUACGAAACUGCAAGCAGGCUAGGGCACCGGCUCCCAGAGGAUAUCAUAGAUAUUAUGAUUAACCUAGAUCCGAUGGACCUGUAUCUAAAGCCAAGCAUGCAGGUUGACAUUGAAAAGGGUAACCUCAUGGAAAUUGAGUAUCUCAUCGGAGAGCCGCUACGAGAGGCUGAAAAAGUUGGUGUUGCGACUCCUAAUCUCAAAGUCAUCUAUGAAAUAUGCAGAGCCUUGCAAUGGAGAGUAAAAGAGGCCAAAGGAAUCGUCACGGUGCCCCCGAAGAGGCAAUUAUGA